GCUUCAUGUGAAUCGAGCAGAGGAGGAAACUGCAGAAUAACGGUAGGCUACAGCAGCAGCGCUUUCUCUUGUGUUGGUUCAGUAUUCUUUAGACGCAUUAAACAUCGCUGGACGUUACCUCUUGGAUUAGGGUGUUAAGGCAGAAUGGCAGGCAUUAUUCCCAAGAACAAAAUUAAAGGUGUGGAUAUCUGUGGAUCACAGGAUUGGUGCUAUAUAAUCCGCUCUGAUCUCGGCUGCUAUAUGAGGUCCAGUAAUUUCCACAAAGGGUCAGACAUCAGUAUUCAUGAUCUGCACCCCUCCUGCCGACACGGAGACCAUUACAUUGCUGACCCAAACUACUUUUACAUCAUUAAGGGUGAUUCCUACCGCAGAGUCACUGACCUGUCAGAAGACACUGAUUCCUCAGUCGAGACCCUUCGUUUAAGCUGUCGGGGUGGAGACCAUUACCUCAAAGCCUUUGUCUGGUUUUACAUCAUCUUCCAGGAGAAGGGCACUUACAGAAAAACAGUACUGAGUAUGAUGCAUCCUUUAAUUUUACAUGAGUUAGAAUUAUCUGAUGAUGAAUUUACCCUGCCUCCCGAAUGCAGAGAUGGUCUCUAUUACUGGGGUGAUCUGGGAGACUUCAGCUUCCUCAAGCUAAACUCAGACUGGGGAGUUCAAUACUACAAAUGUACCGACCUCGACAGAGAUGUGUGCACUGAGGUUUAUUCGGUUCACCCCGAUGUCCUGAACUUCCUGCCCGGUGGGCUGUCCAUAACCAACGGCCCAGCGUUCAGCAAGUGGGUGAACAUUAAAUCCGUUAGUAAUGACAGACUCACACCAAUGAAAUGGGAAAAGAAAGUUACUAAAAGGGUCGGAUACAAUAAGGAGAUGUCGUCCCAGAUCACGCGCAACUGGAAGAUAGCAGCGUCAUCCACGAUCACAUCUGGAGACCUCACAGGGUUAAUUACAAGUGCCCAGUUCUCCUACUCGGCAGAAUAUGGAGGUGCACGUGUGGACGCUAAGACAGAAAACUGGAAUGAAGAGACUGAAGAUGAAGAGACACUAUCAUUUGAGCUGCAGCCGAACGAGAGUCUGUAUGUGUGGCAGUAUCAGCUGGGUCUCGGAUCAGAAUCGGUGUUGUUCUGCAAGGAUCUGAAGUUCACCGAUCAGCCGAACCCUCCGACCGACGUCCCGCUGCCGUCUGUUUAACACCGGCUUCGAGUAAACACCUCAACUCUGACUUCUUAAGCAAUUUAUUUAUAUAUCAGCUGCAAGCAUUGCUUUAAUUACAGCACAUACAAAGUAUACUAAACUAGAAUGUACAUUUCCAGAAGAAAAUGUGAAGUGGUGCUUGCAGUGGCAAAACUCACCACCCGGUUGCUAGGGU